ACUUAACUGAUAUUUGUCACCGCCUCACUUAUCCGCUUCCUGCAAUGGCCUUUGUCUCCUCUGUCUCCGUCGCCGUCCGACCAGCGUCCGUCACACCAGCGGUCUCCUCCUUUAAGGGCUCUUCGCUGAGGUGGACCACGCCGAAGCCGCGCGUCGCCCUCUCGAUGAAUCUUGACACCAUCCAAGUCAAGAUCCAGGAGGAGAUGAAGAAGGCCCAGGACGCCACUCAGCAGUUUGGAAAGGGCUCCAAGGAAGCUGCCCUCGCCUGGGACGUUGUUGAAGAGCUGGAGGCGGAGGCCUCCCAUCUCAAGGCCAACAAGGGCUCAAACGACCCGCUGGAGAAGUUCUGCGAAGAAUCCCCAGAAGCCGAUGAAUGCCGCGUCUACGAGGAUUAGGAUCUCCACGCUGGCUUUGCGUAGCUUACUCGACAUACUCGGACACGCUUUCAGGGCAACGUAUUGUUAUCGCUUCCCUUUUGUUUAUGUAGUGCUUGCGACUAGUUCGCACAGGGUGGCGUGCGCUUUCGUGUCUUGAUCUCCUGAGGUUUUUUUGUGCAUUGCCAGUUCUGCGGUAUACCAAUUGCUUUGUAAACGGAAGACUCAUGCUGUGGCGAUUUCUUAUUGUUGGUCUAAUCCCACUUGUGACAGAUACUGCCGCUUCUGUUGUGGGCGUAAAUCUUUGUGUAUGUUCAUGG